AUGAUGGGAAUAACGAUCAAGUUCCUCCUGAUAGGUAGCUUACUUGCUGCUUCCUCGGCUUUGGGGAAGGAUGACGAUACUCAACACGACUCCCUCACCUCUAUCCCAGGUUUCAAGUUCAACAGAGUGGUUGGACAGCGCCCCCAUGGCAAGUCUCGCCUGCAACGCACUCACAGAUCCAAUCGUCUUGAAGCUUCUCGGCACGACAAGUCCGGGGCACGAUCCGCCGCUGCUAUUCUUGGAGCGCACCAACGCAAAAUUGGUGGAACGGGCUAUGAAAAUAUCACCGCAACUACUGCUCAGGGCACUCAGUAUGGCAUCAAGGCAUCCUUCCGAGGGUUCGAGAUGACAUUGACAUUGGACACUGGAAGCUCCGACACCUGGGCCGUUGCUGAAGGCUUUGAGUGUGUCAAUUGGAGUGGCGAAGUCAUACAUUCCUCUUAUUGUGGGUUCGGCCCGGCGUAUCCAUCUGGAUUUGAGUAUGGCGAGAUUGAGGACGAGCAUUUCUACAUUCAAUACGGCGAUGGUGAGAUAGCUGAGGGGCCAUUAGGCUUCGUGGAUGUCACAGUCGGCGACAUUACCGUCAAGAACCAGACAGUUGCCCUUCCCAAUUCGACAUAUUGGUACGGCGACAACGUAACAAGUGGCAUCAUUGGUCUGGCCUACUCUUCUUUGACGAAUGCUUACGUUGGCGACCUAGAUCAACACAGUUCGAUCUACCAGGUCCCAUACAUGCCCAUCUUCACCAGCAUGGUUCAACAAGGGCUCAUUCCAGGGACUUUCAGCAUUGCUAUCAGUAGGAACUCAUCGGGCGGUAUGAUCGGAUGGGGAGGGAUUCCCUACGAGAUUGCCGGUCUCGACUAUAUGUAUGCAACUUAUGUCGACAUCAUCGUUACUAACCUGGUUGAUAACCCUUACACCUCAUACGAUUACUCCUUCUACACCGUCAUCCCUGACGGCGUCAUAUUUGGAAGUUCCACUGACAGCAAGAAAUACCCGUACAUCGUUGACAGCGGCACGACGCUCAUUUACGUCCCUCCGACACUGGCCGAGCAGAUCAACGCUGCAUUCAGUCCGCCCGCCGUCUACAGCUGGAUGUACGGAGCGUACUUCACAGCUUGCGAUGCCAUCGCUCCAGUGUUUGCCAUUGUGCUCGGCAACACUCCCUUCUAUCUAAACCCCGUCGACAUGAUAUAUCGCGGCAUCAAGGACCCUAUUACAGGCUUGUGCAUGACUGCCAUUGCCAGCGGCGGCAUGGGACCAUAUAUUCUUGGGGAUGCUUUCAUGCAGAAUGUGAUGACAACGUUUGACAUUGACAAUGCUCAGAUUGGCUUUGUCAGCCGUCGAUUCUAUUGA